AAUGGCCGGGGCCGGCCGCGCUCGGAGCUGCCGGGGCCAGGACUGGAGCUGCCCGGGCGGGUCCGCGCCCCGCACGCUGAGGGCCGGCGCUGCUCGCGCUCGGUGCGCCGGACGCCGGAUACCCCCGACCGGCCCGCGAGGCCCCGCACCGCCGCCGACGGCAGCGCGGGCGAAGAGCCUCUCCGGUGCCCCGCGGGACUUCCUCCCCGGGGAAGGGAGGGCGAGAGCCUAGGGGGGCAGGGAGCCGAGGGCCCCUUCUGCCUGUCGGGGCGGCGGCGCGCCAGGGCAGUGCCAUGCUGCUCUCCGUCCUGGCGGCGUUGUGCCUGGGGCUGCGCCUGGCGCUGGGCGUGCGCGGCGCGCCCUGCGAGCCGGUGCGCAUCCCCAUGUGCCGGCAUAUGCCCUGGAACAUCACGCGGAUGCCCAACCACCUGCACCACAGCACGCAGGAGAACGCCAUCCUGGCCAUCGAGCAGUACGAGGAGCUGGUGGACGUGAACUGCAGCGCGGUGCUGCGCUUCUUCCUCUGCGCCAUGUACGCGCCCAUCUGCACGCUGGAGUUCCUGCACGACCCCAUCAAGCCGUGCAAGUCGGUGUGCCAGCGCGCGCGCGACGACUGCGAGCCCCUCAUGAAGAUGUACAACCACAGCUGGCCUGAGAGCCUGGCCUGCGAAGAGCUGCCGGUCUACGACCGCGGCGUGUGCAUCUCGCCGGAGGCCAUCGUCACCGACCUCCCCGAGGACGUUAAGUGGAUAGACAUCACGCCAGACAUGAUGGUACAGGAGAGGCCUCUUGAUGUUGACUGUAAACGCCUAAGCCCUGACCGCUGCAAGUGCAAAAAGGUGAAGCCGACUCUGGCGACGUAUCUGAGCAAAAACUACAGCUACGUCAUUCACGCCAAAAUAAAAGCUGUGCAGAGGAGCGGCUGUAACGAAGUAACGACCGUGGUGGACGUGAAAGAGAUCUUCAAGUCCUCGUCACCCAUCCCUCGGACGCAGGUCCCGCUCAUUACCAAUUCUUCCUGCCAGUGCCCCCACAUCCUGCCCCAUCAAGACGUGCUCAUCAUGUGUUACGAGUGGCGCUCCAGGAUGAUGCUUCUUGAAAACUGUUUAGUUGAAAAAUGGAGAGACCAACUUAGUAAAAGAUCCAUACAGUGGGAAGAGAGGCUCCGGGAGCAGCGGAGGACAGUUCAGGACAAGAAGCGAACGGCUGGGCGUACCGGUCGUAGCAACGCCCAGAAACCAAAAGGAAAGCCGCCCUCUCCCAAACCGGCCAGCCCCAAGAAGACCGUCAAAGCUAGGAGUGCCCAGAAGAGAACAAACCCGAAAAAAGUGUGAGCCACCUGCUUUCCAGAACCGAGACUGCCUCUCAGGAUGAGGCCAGGCACCCCCCAGCCAGCCUGGGGGGGGCGAGGUGCCCCUCUCCUCGCCUUAACGACUGCAGUCCUCCCCAUAGACACAUCGUACAGCAGUUUUCUUAGUGAUACGCUUCAGUUUUUCCUUUUUAAGCCACCACAAAACCCUAGUGGUAGGUAUGUCCUUUGGUAUGGAAGGUAUAUGAAAGCUGAGAGCUGGUGGACAAAGCUUCUCGCGGCAUUCAGAGUAGCCUUCGUGGUGCGUGGCCUGUGAGAUCUCUGAGUGGGGAAAGGAUGCUUUGGUCCUUACCAUUUGACCUAAUAUGUGCAUUGUAAAAUGAAUGCCAUAUUACAAACCCCCCCACCUUUUUUUUUUUUUUUUUUUACAAUAUGUUGUAUUUCAGCUUGACUUCUGUUGUUAGAACGUUCGUCAUGUUUCAGAAUGUGAUUGAAAAUGCAAUGAUUCUAAGGAGGGAAGCAAGAGGAAUGAAGAAUGAAUGUCUUAAAAGAUCUUUCUAUGUUUACUGUUUGCACAAGAAUUUCUGUGAUGAAAGGGAAUUUUCGAACAAUCUAGAAAAGUAGGAUAUGGAAAACUGUAAUGUUUGUUUUUGGUUUUGUUUUUGUUUUUUUACAAAGAAGCCUUUCACCUAGAGUUUUUAGCUAGACACACUCUAGAAACUAAAAUAAUAAUGAUGAUAACUAAAUAAAUAAAAGGGAAAGGCAGACAUACCA